CGCGGACUUGCUGGACCAAAACGCCCGUGUAUGCACGCCGGCGUGCAUCAAAGCUGUGCAAAAAAGGAAGUCUUAUACUGCUGCCGCAGUGCCACGCGGCCGCGAGAAUUCGUGCGGCCUCACGCAGCACAAUCACACAAGGCACUCGCAGCAAGCUAGCACUGCAAGCAGCGCAUCGAUUCACAAAUGGCCUCGCAAGCCGCAAAACCGACGGUCACGGUCCUCGACUACGGCGCCGGCAACGUACGAAGUGUAAUAAACGCGCUCGAGCUGCUGGGAUGCGACGUCGACCUCGUGCGAACAGCAAAAGAUGUAAGAGCGGCCGAGAUCCUGGUGUUUCCCGGCGUGGGCUGCUUCGCGGCGGCGAUGGACGCGUUAGAUGAGCUUGGUGUGUUAGAUGCGUUGCGAGACUAUCUACGAGACAAGGAUAGGCCCUUCCUCGGCAUCUGUUUAGGAUUGCAGCUCCUGUUCGCCUCGUCGGAGGAGAGCCCCGGUAGAGAAGGAGUCGGGGCCGUCGACGGUGUCGUGAAGAAGCUGCGACCCCCUCAACAGGUCGCGAUUCCCCAUAUGGGGUGGAAUGAAGCCUUAGCAACCAAAGAAUCGCCGCUCUUCCAACCGAGAGAACGUUAUUAUUUUGUCCACUCCUUCGCCAUCGACACCUGCGACCCGAAAUGGGCCGCGGCCGUGUCGGACUACGGCGGCCAGCGCUUCACGUGUGCCGUGGCGGAUGGGCGACGGGCCGCGUGCCAGUUCCAUCCGGAGAAGAGCGGCAAGCAAGGUUUGGCUUUGCUGAGGCGGUUUGUGUCCCUCGCUCGAAGCACGCAAGCGAACCUUGGUGCGGUCGUGUCCGGUACGACGACUCUGGCUCCUAGAAUCAUCGCGGCGUUGGAUGUGAGAACAAACGACCAGGGCGACUUGGUCGUGACGAAAGGCGACGGGUAUGAUGUGAGAGAGAAGACGGAAGGUGAACGAGCCGUACGAAACCUGGGCAAGCCCGUCGACUUGUGCGCGAGGUACUACGACGAGGGCGCGGACGAGAUUUGCAUCCUCAACAUCUGCGCGUUCAAGGGCGAGGCCGCCGGCGACCUGCCGUUGUUAGGUGUAUUACGAAAAGCUUCGGAGCGGUGCUUCGUGCCGCUGACGAUCGGCGGCGGCGUCCGGGACUACACGGCGUCCGACGGCUCGAGUGUCACGGCGCUCGACGUCGCCGACGCUUAUUUCAGAGCAGGCGCCGACAAGGUGGGCAUCGGCUCGGAUGCGGUCAAGGCCGCGAAGGGCUACUAUGCGUCUACUUCCCAAAAAACGUCGAUAGAGCAGAUCGCCACGAAAUACGGAAGGCAGGCCGUCGUCGUGUCGCUCGACCCGAGAAGAGUGUGGCUUUCUGAUAAUGAGGACGCCCCAUCGGGUGAAAACGGCGCGCCGGCACCCUUGGUGGUCACGCACGCGACCGCACGAGGGCCUUCUGGUGAAUCGCGGUGCUGGUGGCGCGCGACGACGAGUGGCGGCCGCACGGACGAGCCGAUAUGUGCCGUCGCGGUGGCCGUCGCGGCGGCGGCCUUGGGUGCCGGCGAGUUCAUGGUCAACUGCAUUGAUUGCGACGGCAAGGGCACGGGCUAUGAUAUUGACCUGCUCAAGCUCGUCAAACAAUCGGUGGAGGUGCCCGUGAUCGCGUCGAGCGGCGCGGGCCAACCUUCUCACUUCAGCGACGUCUUCAAGGGGGCUCAUGUCGACGCGGCCCUCGCCGCCGGCAUCUUCCACCGGCGCGAGGUUGCUAUUAGUGAGGUCAAGGCGGCGGUGCGGGGCGCGGGCUACCCCGUGCGGGACUAGACUCUAACAACA